UCAAUUUAAUUGAAAAUACUAAUAAAUAUAUGUUUAAUUCUAUCAACUAUUUAUACUUGAAUUUUUGAGAGUAGGAGCGUAAAUUGGGGCCGGAUGGUAGGGGCCCCAGUGCAUUACUUUGCCCAGGGGCACAUGAUGCUAUUAAGACAGCCCUGCACAGGGCAGCUUUGUUCAUUUUUGUUUUCAACAAUUAGUUGUUUUUGUCAGGUGGAGACAUCGGUGGAAAUUUUGGUGAGAAGUUGCACACACGUGUGUCUGAUGGAAAGUGAUGUCACUGCGUCACACUGUUUCCUGCCCCCCCCCAGCACUGAGUGCACGCAGCACAUCUUCCCUCUCUGGGGUUUUCCUGGGCCUCUUCACCGCCACCUCCACUUCUACAGAAUCUGACGUUUCACAUGUGACUUCCAGCUCAGGUCCACAGACCCCGAAACCACACCGAGAGGUGACAGCGUCAUGGGAGUGAGACACUGAGAAGCGGGGGAGGGGGGCACUGACAUCCUGCAGGGGAAUAGGACCUGUCCUCCGACACUGAGAAAGAGAAGACAAACUAACACCCUACAGGGGAGGAGCACCUGUCCUCGACACUGAAAGUGAGGAGAGGCACUGACACCCUACAGGGGAAGAAGGUCUGUCCGUGGAUACUGAGAGCGAGGAGAGGCACUGAUAUCCUACAGGGGAAGAAGGUCUGUCCCUGGAUACUGAGAGUGAGGAGAGACACUGACACCCUACAGGGGAAGAGCACCUGUCCACAACACUGAGAGUGGGGAGAGGCACUGACACCCUACAGGGGAAGAAGGUUUGUCCCUGGAUACUGAGAGCGAGGAGAGGCACUGAUAUCCUACAGGGGAGGAGCACCUGUCCCUCGACACUGAGAGUGAGGAGAGGCACUGACACCCUACAGGGAAAGAAGACCUGUCCCUGGAUACUGAGAGCGAGGAGAGGCACUGAUAUCCUACAGGGGAAGAGCACCUGUCCCUGGAUACUGAGAGCGAGGAGAGACACUGACACCCUACAGGGGAAGAGCACCUGUCCCUGGAUACUGAGUGUGAGGAGAGACACUGAUAUCCUACAGGGGAAGAGCACCUGUCCCUGGAUACUGAGAGCGAGGAGAGGCACUGAUAUCCUACAGGGAAAGAAGACCUGUCCCUGGAUACUGAGAGUGAGGAGAGGCACUGAUAUCCUACAGGGGAAGAAGACCUGUCCCUGGAUACUGAGAGUGAGGAGAGGCACUGAUAUCCUACAGGGGAAGAAGACCUGUCCCUGGAUACUGAGAGUGAGGAGAGGCACUGAUAUCCUACAGGGGAAGAAGACCUGUCCCCAGAAACUGAGAGCAAAGAGAAACACUGACAACCUACAGGGGAAGAAGACCUGUCCAUAUCACUGAGAGUGAGGAGAAACACUGACACCCUACAGGGAAGAAGGUUUGUCCCUGGAUACUGAGAGCGAGGAGAGGCACUGACACCCUACAGGGGAAGAGGACCUGUCAACGACACUGAGAGUGAGGAGAGGCACUGACACCCUACAGGGGAAGAAGACCUGUCCCUGGAUACUGAGAGUGAGGAGAGGCACUGAUAUCCUAAGGGGGAAGAGUACCUGUCCAUAUCACUGAGUGAGGAGAGACACUGACACCCUUCAGGGAAAGAAGACCUGUCCCUGGAUACUGAGAGGGAGGAGAGACACUGACACCCUACAGGGGAAGGAGACCUGUCCGUGGAUACUGAGAGUGAGGAGAGGCACUGAUAUCCUAAGGGGGAAGAGUACCUGUCCACAACACUGAGAGUGAGGAGAAGCACUGAUAUCCUAAGGGGGAAGAGUACCUGUCCACAACACUGAGAGUGAGGAGAGGCACUGACACCCCACAGGGGAAGAAGACCUGUCGGCAGAAGUUAAGAGUAAGGAGAGGAACCGACACAUUAGAGGGGAAGUCCUGUCCCCAGACACUGAGAGUGAGGAAAGGCUCCGACACCCUACAUGGAAAGAAGACCUGUCCACAACACUGAGAGUGAGGAGAGACACUGACACCCUACAGGGGAAGAAGACCUGUCCCUGGAAACCGAGAGAGUGAGGAGAGACACUGACACCCUACAGGGAAAGUAGACCGGUCCCCAGAAAUUGAGAGCAAGGACCUGUCCCCGGACACUGAAAGCGAGGAAAGGCACUGACACCCUACAGGGGAAGAAGACCUGUCCACAACACUGAGAGUGAGGAGAGACACUGACACUCUACAGGGAAAGAAGACCUGUUCACAACACUGAGAGUGAGGAGAGACACUGACACCCUACAGGGAAAGAAGACCUGUUCACAACACUGAGAGUGAGGAGAGACACUGACACCCUACAGGGAAAGAAGACCUGUUCACAACACUGAGAGUGAGGAGAGACACUGACACCCUACAGGGGAAGAAGACCUGUCCCUGGAAACCGAGAGAGUGAGGAGAGACACUGACACCCUACAGGGAAAGUAGACCGGUCCCCAGAAAUUGAGAGCAAGGACCUGUCCCCGGACACUGAAAGCGAGGAAAGGCACUGACACCCUACAGGGGAAGAAGACCUGUCCACAACACUGAGAGUGAGGAGAGACACUGACACUCUACAGGGAAAGAAGACCUGUUCACAACACUGAGAGUGAGGAGAGACACUGACACCCUACAGGGAAAGAAGACCUGUUCACAACACUGAGAGUGAGGAGAGACACUGACACCCUACAGGGAAAGAAGACCUGUUCACAACACUGAGAGUGAGGAGAGACACUGACACCCUACAGGGGAAGAAGACCUGUUCCUGGACACUGAGGACCACGAAAAGGCACUAAGUGAAUCAUCAGGAGAAGAGGACCUGUCAUUGGACACACAGAAUAUGCAGCCAGAUUCAGACAGCAAUGAAGCCGGGUACAGCAGCUCUCCAUCCAGCCAUAGACAGGACUCCUCAGAUGGUGUGAAGAAGGUUCAGAGGAGAGAGAAAAAUCGAAUUGCAGCACAGAAGAGCCGCCAGCGUCAGACCCAGAGGGCAGACACUCUCCAUGUGGAGAGCGAGAACCUGGAGCGCGUGAACGCGGCGCUGCGCAAAGAUAUCCGCAGACUACGUGAGGAGAUCAAAUGUCUGACAUACACCUUGAGCAGUCACCAGUCCACCUGCACCCUAGCAACCCACAAGAUGGCUGCCAUCCCACCACGCGUGGUAUCCCCCCGCUUCCAGCAAUGACGUAUGCUGAACAUGGUCUGAUGUAUAUAGAACAAAGGAGGAGAGCUUUUACCUCCAGACAUUUGGGGAGAGACCAUACAUACAGACAUUGAGUCCACCAAGAUGGUCAGCCAAUCAUCACCAUAAUCCGACUCAGACUUCCCCUGUACCGCAUCCGGAUACAUAUACCAAAGAAAAAUAGAGAAACACAAGUGUUGCUCCAUAAAGUUGGAUUUUUAGAGAUAAAACUGGACAAAGAGGUCCUCCUGGGCUCCUAAUAUAUGGUGGAUGAAUAAAACUUUUCUCGACGCCUUACGUUUUACUCCUCUUAGGAUUUAUCUGUGUGGGAUUUUGUCCCUUCCCCUUUUUUCUUAUGACAAUUCCUUGAUACGGUCCUCAAUGUAUAAUCUUUGUAUGGAUGGCCAUUUGCAAGGUUGUUGGAUGUUCCUCUGGUUGUAGCUUCGUCUAGUUCUCCGACAAUCUUCCUGCCCCCCCCCCCGGGUGGAUCCUGGGUGUUGUAAUUUCCACGCGCCCCUAUGCCUGCCCCUAAGACCUCUUAGCGCACAGCUACUACGCCGCCUGUGAAAAUAGCAAUAUCAAAUAUCCGCCUCAUCCUGAAGAAGUGAUGUUCACUGCGAAACCCGUUGACGGUGACUCCAGAAACAAUGCUUUGUCAUACAUCAUCAGAUAAAUAUUGUGAUUUUGUGACUAUUACAGGGGGCAGAUAUCUAGGCUGUUUUUUUUUUUUUUAGGAAGUUAUUUAUCUAUUUGCCCUUUACAGGGAUUUUACCUAUUUAUAUGUUAUUUUAUUGGAUAUAAUAAACUUUUUAUAACUUU